AUGGAUCUGGCAAACGAUCUCCAGGAAGAGCUGACCUGCUCUGUCUGUAUGGAUUAUUUCAUUGACCCCGUGACCAUCAGCUGCGGACACAGCUUCUGUCAUCUGUGUCUCCUAAAGUGCUGGGAGGACACCCAGACAUGCUUCUCCUGUCCAGAGUGUCGUGGGGGCUGUGAGCUGAAAGAUUUCCAGAUCAAUCUGCGUCUGAAGAAGCUGGCAAUAAUUGGGAAACAGCUCAGACCCCGCCUACUUAAGAAUUCAAUUGGAGGGGGACUAUGUGGAUGGCACCAGCAGGACCUGAAGCUGUUCUGUCAGCAGGAUGGAAGUCCAAUCUGUAUGUCAUGUUUCAACUCUGAGGCUCACAGACAUCACAGUGUGUAUCCCAUUGAGGACUCGGCUGACUUCUACAGGGUAAGUUGUCUGAGCUAUGCAGAUAACAUAUUACGUCAGGACAAAAUAGGAUGUAAGAGGAAUGUUGUUCAGGAGUUCAGCCAUGCUGCAGCAGUGGCCAGAAGCCUGCUCUUUGAAGCUGAGUGUGUGCUCUGUCCCUGGGAUAAGGGAAAUGCUCAGCAGAUAUGCAGCCUCUGGAAUAUCAUAAGGAUAAUAUGUGUGACCUUACCAAAACUUCUGAUUUUCUCUGCAGUGGAUGUAACCCUGGACCCAAACACAGCCAGUCCGUAUGUCAUCGUGUCUCAGGAUCGGAGAAGUGUGAGAAUAGCGGAGACCCCGCCCGAUGUGCCCAAUCACCAAAACAGAUUUGACAAUUGUACCAGCGUCCUGGGCUCCCAGGCAUUCACAACAGGACGGCACUACUGGGAGGUGGAAGUGGGGGACAAGCCAGAGUGGGAGGUGGCUGUGAGUUAUGAGUUUAGGGGUCAAAAGCAUCGCAUGCGAUUCUUGCAAGAGGAGGCAUUCUCACUUUUCAGCACCCAUAGUGGAAAUGGGGAUGGUCCCUGCGUUACCUUCCCUGGUAGCAGGGUGCCUGUUCGCCGGGUUGGGGUUUUCUUGGAUUAUGAAGCCGGAAUCCUCUCCUUCUACAAUGUCACAGAGAGCUACCUCAUCUACAGCUUCCUCCCUACCCGCUUCUUUGGACCAGUGCGACCCAUCUUCUCCCCAUGUCUCAGGUAUGGGCAACAUGAUCAAGAGCCAAUUACCAUCUGCCCAGUGAACAACAUCAUUCUUUGAAUAGUCCUGUGACCCAUCCUCGAGGAAUUUGAACUUUCAGCGCCUCUUUUCCUGUACCCACAAAGUUAGGCAACCCCUCAGGCCUCUCAUCCUGUUACUUCCUUCAGGAUCAUGUUCAUAUAAGAUGUUUAAACCCCUUCAACUACAGGAGACAAGGCCACAGCUUUGUCUUUUCCAUCUAAAUUUUGGUGAUUCUGUAAUUGCCAUUGCC